UGAGGGAACUAAUUUAAUGCUCGCUGGUUCCAGGGUGUGAGAUUUCGGGGGAUUGUGUCAGAUGUUGGUGCAAUCCCAAUCACCUGGAUAAACCUUAAUAAAUAGGUUUAACACCUUUGGGUCCAUUGUAUUUAAAAUGUGGCUGUGUAUGUGGAGACCCUUGGAGGGGAUGAAGGGUGGCUCCUGCCAGAGCCCAGGGCAGAGCUGAGCUUGUCAAUGAGCCAGUGGGAGUCGCCUGGAGAGACGGCCGGGUUCCUGGCAGCCGUGCCAUGUUUGACGAAGGGGGGUGGAACAAGGAGGAUGGCGGGGAGGCUCUCAGCCAGGCUCUCCUGCACCCUCAGCGCUGCCCUGCCCAGCACUGCCCCCCGGCUCCCAGAGGCUCCUUGCAGAAGCAGCGCAGACGGCUCCUCGCAACCCUGCAGCGCCUGGAGGCCUCAAGCUGCAUGGAGCCUCCUCAGAGCCCCGGGCCCCUGUCUGGGGACAGCGAAUCUGAGUCUGACUCUGCGGACCGGGCGAGGAGGAAACAGCCCAGGAAACAGAGACGGGGCCUGAAACCCAGAGCUGCCUCCUCUCCCCAUAUCGCCCCAGGGACUCCAAGCGGCUCCGGCGCUCCCCAGGCAGAGCCAGCUGGCAGGAGACGGAGGAAAGAUUGUGCAGCAGAGGCCCCCGGGGACAAAGCACACACGCCCAGCAAAGAGCCGCCGAGCGGGAAGCCGGGCGCAGCCACUGGGGGGCCUGGGCCAGUGCUGAGCAGGAAGCAGUGGAGGAACAAACAGAAGAAUAAAAGGCGACAGAAGAACAAGUUCAAAGCAGGCGUGGGACAGGAUGUGGGGCAGAGCUUGGGCAUGGGGCAGGAUGUGGGGCAGAGCCUGGGCGGGGGGCAGGAUGUGGGGCAGGGGCCCUCGGCACUGCCCCCGUCGGAGCUCUCGGGGGCGCUGAGGGCCCGGAUGGAGGAGCGGCUCCAGUCAGCCCGUUUCCGCUACAUCAACCAGCAGCUCUACACGUCCAGCAGCCAGGAGGCAGCCUGGCUCUUCCAGCGCGACCCUGCUGCCUUCGCCAUCUAUCACCGCGGCUUCGCCCGGCAGGUGGGGCGCUGGCCUGAGAAUCCGGUUCACCGCAUUAUCCAGUACCUGCGGGGGCGGCCGGCCUCGCUGGUGGUGGCAGAUUUUGGAUGCGGCGACUGCAAGAUUGCGACCAGUGUCAGGAACAAGGUUCACUCGUUCGACCUGGUGGCUCUGAGCCCAUGUGUCACUGUGUGCGACAUGGCCAAGGUGCCGCUGGCAGACGAGUCUGUGGAUGUCACCGUGUUCUGUCUGGCGCUGAUGGGCACCAAUCUGCGGGAGAUCCUGGAAGAGGCCAACCGGGUGCUGAGGCCAGGGGGCAUGCUGAAGGUGGCAGAGGUUGCCAGUCGCUUUGCAGACAUCCGGGCCUUUGUGAGUGCCGUGACUCAGCUGGGCUUUCAGAUUGUCUCCAAGGACCUGGACAAUCCGUUUUUCUACAUGUUUGAUUUCUCCAAGACGGGGCCCCCCCGGGCUGGGGGGAAGCUGCCGGGCCUGGUGCUGAGACCCUGCCUCUAUAAGAAGCGCUGAGGGGCCCCUCAGCUGGUGUCUGCCCUGGGGGCCCUGCCCCUGCCUGGAGGCCCUGCUCCUGCACCUGGCCCCACCCUAUCUGGGGGCCCCGCCCCGUUGGGGGGUGUUUAGUCUCCUGGACCUGGCUGUGGGGGGCAGUG